CAUGCCAAGAGUCUAGACCUUCAAGCUUCAAGUUCAACAUGUCCAGUCUCGAGAGCAAGUACAUCAAAAUCUCCAAUCCUGCUCCACAUGUGUUGUUGUUAGAGUUGAACAGACAGCCAGUCAACGCAUUCAACACAGAGUUCUGGAAAGAGUACGGACGUACAUUCGACGCACUUUCGACGCAUCCAGAUGACAUCCGCGCCGUCGUCCUCUCCUCCGCAUUCCCCAAAGUAUUCUCCGCAGGGAUCGACUUCCAAGGACUCAUAAACCUCGGUUCCAACAACACCACAGACCCCGCACGCCGCGCCCUCCUCAUCCGCGCCGACAUCCUCGACAUCCAACACGCAGUAUCAGCGCCCGAGCGGUGCCCCAUCCCCGUGAUAGCAGCAACCCACGGGCUCGUGAUCGGUCUGGGUAUAGACCUCAUCUCCGCAUGCGACGUCCGAUACACAGCAUCAGACGCCAAGUUCUCCAUCAAGGAAGUCGAUGUGGGGCUCGCGGCUGAUGCUGGGACGUUGGCUUAUUUGCAGAAGAUUACGGGGAAUAAGUCGUUGGUUUGUGAGCUUGCGUAUACGGCGAGGAUGUUCUCGAGCGAGGAGGCGGAGAAACUUGGUCUUGUUUCUAGGGUCAUUCAGGGUGGGAGGGAUGCGGUUGUGGCUGCGGCAUUGCAAUUGGCUAGAGAUAUCGCUUCGAAGAGUCCUGUUGCGGUGAGUGGGACAAAGCGUUUACUUCUGCACGCCAGGGAUCAUAGCGUUGCUGAUAAUCUGGAGUACACGGCAACUUGGAAUUCAGCUGCGCUUCAGGCUAUGGACUUGCAGCAGUCAGUUAAAGCGGGAAUGGCGAAAUCAAAGGAAUCCCCGAAGUUCUUGCCAUUAAAGCCCAAGCUCUAAUUAACGUUAUUUGAGUACGCUACCCUGAGCCUUCCCUGAUCUCUUCCGCUAAUGAGAAUUUGAAAUUUACAUUGAGCAUGAUAGUAAAUACAAUGGGAUUUUCAAGAUACUACACGUGCAUAGGCUAA